GCGCGACCGUUGGGAAGUUCUCCGCGUUGCGCGCGUCUGCGGCGCCGCAACCGCGUCUCCGCCUCGUCUCCCGCCAGGCGUCGGCACCAUGCUGCGGCUGCCCGCCGUGCGCAGGGCCCUGGCCCUCGGCCCGCGCUCGCCGGUGUGCGGGCGCACAGCGGCCACCGCGGCCAGCGGCCAGAUAGAGGUGUUUGUGGAUGGCAGUCCCGUGCUGGUGAACCCGGGAACCACCGUGCUGCAGGCCUGUGAAAAGGCUGGAAUUCAGAUACCCCGUUUUUGUUACCAUGAUCGUCUUUCUGUUGCUGGAAACUGUAGGAUGUGCCUAGUGGAAAUAGAGAAAGCUCCCAAGCCAGUGGCUGCUUGUGCCAUGCCGGUUAUGAAGGGUUGGAAUAUACUGACAAAUUCUGAGAAAUCUAGGAAAGCAAGGGAGGGUGUGAUGGAAUUCUUGCUGGCAAAUCACCCACUGGACUGUCCUAUCUGUGACCAGGGUGGAGAAUGCGACCUACAGGAUCAGUCAAUGAUGUUUGGCAGUGAUAGGAGUAGAUUUAGAGAGGGAAAACGUGCGGUUGAGGACAAGAACAUUGGCCCAUUAGUCAAAACAAUCAUGACUCGGUGUAUACAGUGCACUCGAUGUAUCAGGUUUGCUAGUGAAAUUGCAGGGGUAGAUGACUUGGGAACAACUGGAAGAGGAAAUGAUAUGCAAGUUGGUACUUAUGUCGAAAAAAUGUUCAUGUCUGAAUUAUCAGGAAAUAUUAUUGACAUCUGUCCAGUUGGGGCUCUUACCUCCAAGCCGUAUGCCUUUACUGCACGUCCGUGGGAGACAAGGAAGGUAGAAUCCAUUGAUGUUCUUGAUGCAGUUGGCAGCAACAUUGUGGUGAGCACAAGGACUGGAGAAGUGAUGAGAAUUUUGCCAAGGCUGCACGAGGAUAUCAACGAGGAAUGGAUAUCUGACAAAACAAGGUUUGCCUAUGAUGGUCUGAAGCGGCAGAGGCUUACGCAGCCAAUGGUCAAAAAUGAGAAAGGGCUGUUGGUUUAUGCCUCAUGGGAGGAUGUAUUAACUCGUGUUGCUGGUGUGCUGCAGGCAGUCGAAGGCAAAGAUAUAGCAGCAAUUGCAGGAGGACUGGUAGAUGCAGAAGCACUGAUAGCCUUGAAGGACUUGCUGAACAGACUAAAUUCUGAUAUGCUCUGCACUGAAGAGAUAUUCCCUACUGCUGGUGCUGGCACAGAUUUGCGCUCUAACUAUCUGCUUAACACCAAGAUUGCUGGAGUGGAGGAGGCUGAUGUCCUGCUUCUAGUUGGCACCAAUCCACGUUUUGAGGCACCACUUUUUAAUGCUAGAAUUCGAAAGAGCUGGCUUCACAAUGACUUGCAAGUGGCCCUAGUUGGUUCAGCUGUGGAUUUGACCUACACGUAUAAUCAUCUGGGAGAUUCACCACAGAUACUCCAAGACAUUGCUUCUGGAAAACAUGCAUUUUCCAAGGUCCUCGACCAGGCCAAAAAGCCAAUGGUGGUGGUAGGUAGCACAGCCCUUCAGCGCAGCGAUGGAGCUGCAAUCCAUGCUGCAGUUUCCAGCAUUGCACAGAAUGCCAGGACCAAGAGUGGUGUUGGUUCUGACUGGAAAGUCAUGAACAUCCUUCACAGGGUUGCAAGCCAGGUCGCUGCUUUGGAUCUGGGUUUCAAACCAGGAGUGGAAGCAAUCAGGAAAAAUCCACCCAAAGUCUUGUUUCUCUUGGGAGCAGAUUCUGGUUGUAUAACGCGUCAAGAUUUGCCAAAGGAUUGUUUUAUCAUCUAUCAAGGACAUCAUGGGGACGUGGGAGCUCCCAUGGCUGAUGUUAUUCUCCCAGGCGCAGCAUAUACGGAGAAGACAGCCACAUAUGUGAACACUGAGGGGAGGGCCCAGCAGACCAGAGCAGCUGUAACACCUCCUGGGAUGGCAAGGGAAGACUGGAGGAUUAUUAGAGCCAUCUCGGAGCUGGCUGGUGUGACCUUGCCUUAUGAAAACCUUGAUCAAAUACGGAAGCGUUUAGAAGAAGUAUCUCCUAAUCUGGUCCGAUACGAUGAUGUGGAGGAGGCCAACUACUUCAGCCAAGCAAAUGAACUGGCUAAGUUAGUGAAGCAACAGAUUCUUGCUGAUCCUCUUGUUCCACCCCAGCUCACAAUUAAAGACUUUUAUAUGACAGAUUCAAUCAGUAGAGCAUCCCAGACAAUGGCCAAGUGUGUGAAAGCUGUUGUUGAAGGUGCACAAGCAGUAGAAGAGCCAUCCAUCUGCUAGAUACUAAUGCAACUACUACCAACUCCAUCCAAGUACUUGUUGCAGUUAUCUACUGUGACUACUAUAUAUUUUUUCUUUCAGAAACCAUUUGCUUGGCAGUGGUAUUCUUCAUUCACAUUUUCAUCAGUUCAUGUAGUCCCAUAAUACAGGACUGUUGUGUCUGCAGAGCACAUGCAGCAUGAAACCUACUGUAUGUAGAGGCAGAGUACAUGACUGUAUACAAAUAAAUUAUAAUUCUAAACAAAUAUGGCAAAAAAUGGAGCUCUGUUCUACAGUGUUUAGGUAUUUUAAUUUGAAGCACUGGUGAGGAUGUGAAGAUGUUAUUGUUACAAUGUUUCUUCAGAGCAAAUUAUCCUUUUGAGUCAGACAUCCCUGGUUUAUUUAGGAGUUCAGGCCUACCACUGCUGUACAUAUUUUUGUUUCUCUGUUUAGUUGCAGUAGGUAAACUGUUCAUGGGGGAAAUUUUUUUUCAUGAAGAACAAGAAGUUUUUGCAGAACUCCU